GUCCCCGUCUGUCCCCGUUCCCCUCCUCAACCGGGGCCGCCUCCCGCGGGCGCGCAUGUCCCGCGGCUCGGCUCUCCCGGGAGCUUCGCACCGACACCUCCUGCCGGGACCUGGCCGAGACGAGCCAGGCUGGGCUGAACCGAGCCUAAAGCGGGCCGGGCCAUGGCCCCCCCGGGCGCAGGGACCUUGCGUUACGCGUUGCUUUGCGCGUUGCUGUGUGCGCAGGGACCCGCACCCACCCGCGCAGGAGAAUGUGGUGAGCUGAGGUCCUGUGAGACGUGCACGGCCAGAGCCGCCCCACACAACGGCACCGGCUGCGUCUGGGUGGGCUGCAGGGCACCCGAGGAGGAACCAGAGCCCGGGAGCUGCGUGCAGAGCGGGGUGGCAGCGCGGGAGUCCUGUGCGCUCUACAACAGCAGUGCCCUGUGCCCAGCAGCGCUGAGGUCCCCCACUGAAGAGCCUCCACAGUCCCACAGCAAGGAGCCGGCAACACAUUCCCCAAGGACCACCACCACCAGUGCCCCUCUGACGGGCAGCCCUGAGUUCCACCCGCCCGGCUUCGACACUGCCAGCUUCAUCGGCGGCAUCGUGCUGGUGCUGAGCAUCCAGGCCGUGGUCUUCUUCAUCAUCAAGUUCAUCAAGUCAAAAGACAGCACCUACCAAACGCUAGAGGACAACCAGUAGGUUCUGGGUGCCUGCGGCAAUGGGGAGGGGGCUGAACGCCCCCUGAGCCCCCUGAGCUUCUCCCUUCCCUGGCCCCUCCUCAGAGGGGGAUGGUGGUGUGGUACUCUCACCUGCUUUGCAUGAAGGGCAUUCCCCAGGUGGUUUGCUGUUUUCCUGGGAGUUGUUAGCAGAGGAAAGGAAGUGUUUGGGGGGUCCCCUUCACCCCCCCUGUCAUGCACGGAGCCCCUGGCACAAUACAGCCAAUGCACAGCCCCAUGGCAAAUCCAUGCCACUUCUGCCACCUGGACAAGGAGUCCCCAGGCUCCUCGGUGGCAGCGGGCACCACCCCCUCCACCUGAGUACCUUCAGCAGCAUGGGAGCUGCUGGGCUUGGUUUGGCCCCACUUAGAGAGCACCCAACAGUCCCCCAUCCCCACCCUGGGCACCCCCUGCCCUGUUGCCUUUCCACAGCCUUUGGGCUUGCUGUGGAGGGGAGGUUGGGGGCUGCCCUUUCCCCCCCAUCAGGCUCUCAGGUGCUUUCCCCUUCAGCACCCAAGCCCCUUCUCUGAUCCCUCUCCAGACCCUCCUGCUCACCCUGACCCCUGCCCCAGCCCCUCUGUGCCCACCAGAGGAGCAGAGCCAGGGCCUUGCUGUGUGCUUUUGCUGUGCCUUUGUGUUGCUGGGGGUUACCCCCAGCCCCACCCCCCCCAGCUUUCCGUGUGCUGUUUUGGGGAGGGCGGUGAGUGCUGUGUGCUGUGGGGUGAGACUUGUAGCUUGGCCUGCCCCAAUUAAACUCUGCGAGGUGGUGUCUGUGUCACGUCUGGGGGGGGUGGAUUUGUGUAGCUGGGGUCAGGGUGUGCCCCCCACCAUCCCUCCUCUGCAGUGGCUCCUACCCUUCCCCAUGGGAUUGCCACUUGCCUGGGUACAGAGGGGUGUGCAUUGUGUCACCCCCUCCACCCUGUAUCCCACUCCGUGGGGGCUGCAAGGGGCUGGACCCUCCCCAGAUGCUCUCCGGGGCACAGCUCCACUGAGCCCCUUCUGCUACCUGCUCUUCUCUGUCCACUGUGCCAGGAUCUGAGGCCACUGGGCUGGGGACAUGCUGCCCUCAUGCUCCCGGGGCAGGCAGAGAAGAGGUCAGCACUGCAGUGUCCCUGCCCACUGCCAGCAUCCUUGCCCAUUGCUGGAGUGCCCCCCCGCCCCCCACGGCUGCAGGGUCCUUCAGGCCCCCCCCCAACAUCACAACUAUGCAAAGCUGGCUCUGCCCCAAGCUGCCUCUGGGGACACCAUCGUGGGACAUUUCACCCAGGCCUGACCCUGUCCCGUGGGGAUGCUCCAGGAAGCAGGGGUUGGCAUGCUCCAGCUGCUCCCAGGGUGGUGCAGCUGGGCACAGGGAGCUCACCCAGCCCUGAAUCUCAGUCUCUGGAGUCUCCCUUUGCCCUGCAUGGUGCCAGGAGCCAAAGACACCCCAAAGGGUCAAGGGCCACGGCUGGAAGUAGGGUGGCACUAUGGCUUUGCCAGUCCCAUGCCAGCAGAGCCAGGGCCAGACAGGGGGCAUGGAAACCCAAUAAAGGAUUUUCCUCUUGUUCUGA